GCCGUUGUGACGGUGGAGAGAUGGGUGGUUUUUUAUUGCUCAUACAGCUAUGGUCAUGGGAGCACAUUCAUAUCGGAAGACCUGCCAUACUGCGAUAUCAUGGAGUAGAUGGUGGUCCUCUUGAUGAUGCUAUGGAUCAGCACGAUGCAUCUGUACUUGGGCCACAUCAUUUCCGUGGCAAGGACCCUUUGGGUCGUAGAUGGCUAUUUGCUCACGUCACACGCACGUCAUCCGCCGUUGGAUUAUGGUACUACCGAGAUGCUUUAGAUCACAUGUGUGAUGAUCGGAUGACGUGGAUGCCGUACACUCAUGAGAUUCUUGGACGGUUGCCUCCUUUUGGCCGAGAGCACACUGAGAUAUGGCGAGCAUGUGUGCCCUUGAUAUGUUUUGAUGUAGUUGAGCAUCACUUUCCUGAUCGCGUACUACGACAGUUCGGGUUACAGCAGGUUAUUCUUGAACCUUGUGAUACAUCUGUGGA